CACAGCUGCUUUUAGGAUUCUUGUUGUGUUUCUCCCUCUCCCAAGGGAUAGGCAGGAGUCUCCCUCUGCCCUGGCUGUCAUCUCUGAGAACCUUGUUGUCAAGGUGGUUACUUGGGGUGAAGGUUUCCAUCAGGAUUACUUAGUAAGCUUAUUAGAAAGACAGGUUCCAGUGUCACACAUGUGUCCAGACUCAAACAGUGUGGUCCCUAGCUUUGAGGCCAUGCCCUUCUACUUUGGAUUGGGGGUGAGGUGGAGAGGGGGAUGUUUGAAAUGAGAUUAGUGAGUAAGUAAGUAGAAUAUAAGGCAGAGUAAGAUAUAUCUCCAGCAGCAAGGAGAACAACGCACACUUGGAGAAGAAAUAAGCAUAUAAGCAUAUACUGGAUUACUGGGACCCCAGUGGCUCUUACUAGAGCCUGAGAGAGGGACACUGUAGAGACAGUGUCUUGACGUCAUAGUUAGAUCUUGGACUUUGAAGGCAAACUAGUGAGUUUGACUCUUGGCCGCAUGGUUAAUCACCUGUGACCUUGGGCAAGUCACCAGAACCCUCUCUGUGUCAAUUUCCUCAUCUGCAGAAUGGAAUAAUACCUCAAACAAGGAGGACCUUGUUUCUAUCUAUGAAGCAUAGAUAACAGUGCCUGAAAGAUAGGAUGGUGCCUUGAGUGAAUGACCCCCUUGGAGAACAUUCUUCUGGAGAUGUCCCUCGCCUCAAGCCAGCCUCAGACAGAAAACUGAAGAUUCAGCAGAUCCAGUGCUUCCUGCUCCACUUCUGCUCAGGAACACGCUUGUCUUCCCCAAGGCUUCCAGAACUUCUGAGGCAGGAGGCACCCAGUUCUACCUCAUGUUUGGAGGAUCUUGCUAGCUAUGGCCCUUGUACUCGGCUCCCUGUUGCUGCUGGGGCUGUGCGGGAACUCUUUUUCAGGAGGGCAGCCUUCAUCCACAGAUGCUCCUAAGACUUGGAAUUAUGAAUUGCCUGCAACAAAUUACGAGACCCAAGACUCCCAUACAGCUGGACCCAUUGGCAUUCUCUUUGAACUAGUGCAUAUCUUUCUCUAUGUGGUACAGCCACGUGAUUUCCCAGAAGAUACUUUGAGAAAAGUCAUACAGAAGGCACGUGAGUCCAAAAUUGAUUAUGAUAAGCCAGAAACUCUAAUCUUAGGUCUAAAGAUUAUCUACUAUGAAGCAGGGAUUAUUCUAUGCUCUGUCCUGGGACUGCUGUUUAUUAUUCUGAUGCCUCUGGUGGGGUAUUUCUUUUGUAUGUGUCGUUGCUGUAACAAAUGUGGUGGAGAACUGCACCAGCGACAGAAGGAAAACGGACUCUUCCUGAGGAAGUGCUUUGCAAUCUCCCUCUUGGUGAUUUGUAUAAUAAUAAGCAUUGGCAUCUUCUGUGGUUUUGUGGCAAAUCACCAGGUACGAACCCGGAUCAAAAGGAGUCGGAAACUGGCAGACAGCAAUUUCAAGGACUUGCGAACUCUCUUGAAUGAAACUCCAGAGCAAAUCAAAUAUAUAUUGGCCCAGUACAACACUACCAAGGACAAGGCGUUCUCAGAUCUGAACAGUAUCAAUUCAGUGCUAGGAGGCGGAAUUCUUGACCGACUGAGGCCCAACAUCAUCCCUGUUCUUGAUGAGAUUAAGUCCAUGGCAACAGCAAUCAAAGAGACCAAAGAGGCAUUGGAGAACAUGAACAGCACCUUGAAGAGCUUGCACCAACAAAGUACACAGCUUAGCAGCAGUCUGACCAGCGUGAAAACUAGCCUGCGGGCAUCUCUCAAUGACCCUCUGUGCUCAGUGCGUCCAUCAAGUGAAACCUGCAACAGCAUCAGAUUGUCUCUAAGCCAGCUGAAUAGCAACCCUGAACUGAGGCAGCUUCCACCUGUGGAUGCAGAACUUGACAAAGUUAAUAACGUUCUUAGGACAGAUUUGGAUGGCCUGGUCCAACAGGGCUAUCAAUCCCUUAAUGACAUACCUGACAGAGUGCAAAGCCAAACCAAGACCGUCAUAGCAGGUAUCAAAAGGGUCUUGAAUUCCAUUGGUUCGGAUAUCGACAAUGUAACUCAGCAUCUUCCUAUUCAGGAUAUACUCUCAGAAUUCUCUGUUUAUGUUAAUAACACUGAAAGUUACAUCCACAGAAAUUUACCUACAUUGGAAGAGUAUGAUUCAUACUGGUGGCUGGGUGGCCUGGUCAUCUGCUCUCUGCUGACCCUCAUCGUGAUUUUUUACUACCUGGGCUUACUGUGUGGCGUGUGCGGCUAUGACAGGCAUGCCACCCCGACCACCCGAGGCUGUGUCUCCAACACGGGAGGCGUCUUCCUCAUGGUUGGAGUUGGAUUAAGUUUCCUCUUUUGCUGGAUAUUGAUGAUCAUUGUGGUUCUUACCUUCGUCUUUGGUGCAAAUGUGGAAAAAUUGAUCUGUGAACCUUACACGAGCAAGGAAUUAUUCCGGGUUUUGGAUACACCCUACUUACUAAAUGAAGACUGGGAAUACUAUCUCUCUGGGAAGCUGUUUAAUAAAUCAGAGAUGAAGCUCACUUUUCAACAGGUUUACAGUGACUGCAAAAAGAAUAGAGGCACUUACGGCACUCUUCACCUGGAGAACAGCUUCGACAUCAGUGACUAUCUCAACAUUAAUGAGCAUACUGCAAGCAUAAGCAGUGAAUUGGAAAGUCUGAAGGUAAAUCUCAAUAUCUUUCUGUUGGGUGCAGCAGGAAGAAAAAGCCUUCAGGAUUUUGCUGCUUGUGGAAUAGACAGAAUGAGUUAUGACACCUACUUGGCUCAGACUGGUAAAUCCCCCGCAGGAGUGAAUCUUUUAUCAUUUGCGUAUGAUCUGGAGGCAAAAGCAAAUAGUUUGCCUCCAGGAAAUUUGAGGAACUCCCUGAAAAGAGAUGCACAAACUAUUAAAACGAUUCACCAGCAACGAGUCCUUCCUAUAGAACAAUCACUGAGCACUCUAUACCAAAGUGUCAAGAUACUUCAACGCACAGGCAAUGGAUUGUUGGAGAGAGUAAAUAGGAUUCUAGCUUCUCUGGAUUUUGCUCAGAACUUCAUCACAAACAAUAUUUCCUCUGUUAUUAUUGAGGAAACUAAGAAGUAUAGGAAAACAAUAAUAGGAUAUUUUGAACACUAUCUGCAGUGGAUAGAGUUCUCUAUCCGUGAGAAAGUGGCAUCCUGCAAACCUGUGGCCACCGCUCUAGAUACUGCUGUUGAUGUCUUUCUGUGUAGCUACAUUAUCGACCCCCUGAAUUUGUUUUGGUUUGGCAUAGGAAAAGCUACUGUAUUUUUACUUCCGGCUCUAAUUUUUGCGGUAAAACUGGCUAAGUACUAUCGUCGAAUGGAUUCGGAGGAUGUGUACGAUGAUGUUGAAACUAUACCCAUGAAAAAUAUGGAAAAUGGUAAUAAUGGUUAUCAUAAAGAUCAUUUAUAUGGUAUUCACAAUCCUGUUAUGACAAGCCCAUCACAUUGAUAGCUGAUGUUGAAAUUGCUUGAGCAUCAGGAUACUCAAAGUGGAAAGGAUCACAGAUUUUUGGUAGUUUCUGGGUCUACAAGGACUUUCCAAAUCCAGGAGGAACGCCAGUGGCAACGUAGUGACUCAGGCGGGCACCAAGGAAACGGCGCCAUUAGUCUCUGGGUAGUGCUUUAAGAAUGAACACAAUCAUGUUUAUAGUCCAUGGUCCAUCACUAUUCAAGGAUGACUCCCUCCCUGUCUAUUUUUGUUUUUUACUUUUUUACACUGAGUUUCUAUUUAGACACUACAACAUAUGGGGUGUUUGUUCCCAUUGGAUGCAUUUCUGUCAAAACUCUUAUCAAAUGUGAUGGCUAGGUUCUAACAUAUUGCCAUGUGUGGAGUGUGCUAAACACACACCAGUUUACAGGAAAGAUGCAUUUUGUGUACAGUAAAUGGUGUAUAUACCUUUUGUUACCACAGAGUUUUUUAAACAAAUGAGUAUUAUAGGACUUUCUUCUAAGUGAGCUGAAUAAGUCACCAUUGACUUCUUGGUGCUGUUGAAAAUAAUCCAUUUUCACUAAAAGUGUGUGAAACCUACAGCAUAUCCUUCGCACAAAGAUUUUUAUCUAUUAUACUUUAUCAAAGAUUGGUCAUGUUCCAUUUGGAAAUGGCAUGCAAAAGCAAUCCUAGAGAAACCUGCGUAACUCCAUCUGCAAAUUCAAAAGAGAGAGAGAGAUCUUGAGAGAAAGAAGUGCUGUUCGUUCAAAAGUGGAGUUGUUUUAACAGAUGCCAAUUACAGUGUACAGUUUAACAGAGUUUUCUGUUGCAUUAGAAUAAACAUGAAUUGGAGUGCAGCUAACAUGAAUAUCAUCAGACUAGUAUCAAGGGUUCUAAAAUGAAAUAUGAGAAGAUCCUGUCACAAUUCUUAGAUUUGGUGUCCAGCAUGGAUGAAACCUUUGAGUUUGGUCCCUAAAUUUACAUGAAAGCACAAGGUAAAUAUCCAUUUGCUUUAGGAUUUUCAUGUUGGAUCUGUCAUUAUCAAAAGUGAUGAGCAAUGAAAAACUGGUCGGACAAAAUUUAACAUUGACAUAAUGAAAUUCCAGAUGUAGGCUUUCCCCCAGGUCUUUUCAUGUGCAGAUUGCAGUUCUGAUUCGUUUCAAUAAAAAGGAACUUGGAAAACA